GUCUGUUAUGCAUAGCCUGAAGACAACUGCGUUUGGAAAGAUAUAUAGAUAUUAAUGUUUUAGAGUGGUAUUUUGUUGAAACAUUGUCAUUGUAGAUAGAUCCUUUAAGCUGGCUCAGGUUUUUUGGGUCCAAUUCUAACCUGGCAUCCCACGAGGACAAGAUGUACUCAUGACAAAAUCAAAUUCUAUAUACUCGAUUAUAUAUAUAAUUUCACAUAUAUGAUAAUGAAUUAAUGCACGAAUGAAUAACACUAUUAUGUUGUGUUUGAACGUCUGUAUCUAACACGGACACGCCAACUCUGAACAUAUCCUCAAUCUGAAAAUUAGAACAUCACUAGGCAACGCACUUCAUCGAGCCUAGCUAAAUAUUGACUAGACUACCCAGCGUGCUGUAUUUGCGCUCCUUGGGAUUAUGCAGCAUUUUGACCCAGAAACGUGCCAAGAGGUCCAGCAACUCGCUUACAAACUGUAGCAUACGUUCAUCCCAAAAGCAUACGAACGAAAUAAUGUCACUUUAAUCGACACCAAACGGUUUAUGCCUUGUUACAUGAGAACCAUCCACCCUAUAUUGUUAAAUGAAGUUACUGCUUGUACAUUUGUCAACUAUAUUUCUAAUUGUAAAAUGUAAUGUACGCGUAGUUUGAUUAUUGUUAUUAUCUUGUAAAUAUCCUGUUUCUUUUCAAAUAGUAAAUUCUGUUUCAAUAAUGCUUUCUCUUAACAAUCAUACUCUCUUGCGUUGCCUUCAGAGAGUUCUGUUGUGUUGACUACAGUGCUUUCUCCAGACCUGUGCAAUUACUUUCACUACAACUACAUAGUGUUUCCUCAAAUGCUUCCUCUGUCCAAUCACAUUCUGUUGUGUUGACUACAGUGCUUUCUGCAGAUCUAAACAAUUACUUUCACUACAACUACAUAGUGUUUCCUCAAGUGCUUCCUCUGUCCAAUCACAUUCUGUUCUGUUGACUACAGUGCUUUCUGCAGAUCUAAACAAUUACUUUCACUACAACUACAUAGUGUUUCCUCAAAUGCUUCCUCUGUCCAAUCACAUUCUGUUCUGUUGACUACAGUGCUUUCUGCAGAUCUAAACAAUUACUUUCACUACAACUACAUAGUGUUUCCUCAAGUGCUUCCUCUGUCCAAUCACAUUCUGUUGUGUUGACUACAGUGCUUUCUGCAGAUCUAAACAAUUACUUUCACUACAACUACAUAGUGUUUCCUCAAGUGCUUCCUCUGUCCAAUCACAUUCUGUUGUGUUGACUACAGUGCUUUCUGCAGAUCUAAACAAUUACUUUCACUACAACUACAUAGUGUUUCCUCAAAUGCUUCCUCUGUCCAAUCACAUUCUGUUGUGUUGACUACAGUGCUUUCUGCAGAUCUAAACAAUUACUUUCACUACAACUACAUAGUGUUUCCUCAAAUGCUUCCCCUGUCCAAUCACAUUCUGUUGUGUUGACUACAGUGCUUUCUGCAGAUCUGAACAAUUACUUUCACUACAACUACAUAGUGUUUCCUCAAAUGCUUCCUCUGUCCAAUCACAUUCUGUUGUGUUGACUACAGUGCUUUCUGCAGAUCUGAACAAUUACUUUCACUACAACUACAUAGUGUUUCCUCAAAUGCUUCCUCUGUACAAUCACAUUCUUUUGUGUUGUCUACAGUGCUUUCUCCAGACCUGUGCAAUUACUUUCGCCUGAGACAUAUCGUGUUUCCUAAAAUGAUUCCUCACUACAAUCACAUUCUAUUGUGGUGCCUACAGUGCUUUCUCCAGAUUUGUACAUUGUCAAUUACUUUCGUUUCAGCUUUAUAACAUUUCCUAAAUGCGUCCUCUGUACAAUAAUACUGAAACGUGGUGGGACCUGACGAAGCUGUGGAAGGAAGCCAGUUCAGAAGAAGGGGCUCAUCCGAUUUGGCCAUGGUUUGCUUGAGGUGUGAAUUCUGCCAUAUUUGCAAUAAAAGGUCAUGGACGAUGUUUGGAGUAUUGGUACUGAUCAGCCUGUUCUCAGCAUUGGCGUUUAUAAACAACGAGGACUCCCCAGAUGGCAUACCGAUGCCCUUAGCUUCCAAUACAAAAAUCAUGUAUUCGCCCCCUGCAGGUACCAAUAGAACCGGUGAAUAUUCCAGUUCUAAAGGUAGCAACAUUAUUAAACAUUACUCAACACCUGCAAACCUUACUGCUAAGAAACACGAACUCAUUCUGUGGUACUUCUCACCAAGAUAUCUACUGAAUCCUUUGAAAGAUGGAGGCCGUAUCCAAGCCUGCCCAGAAGCAAAAUGUUUGAUGACAAGAGAGCGUUCUCUUUUAAAUCAAAGUAAAGUUGUGAUUUUUUCAGCUGAACAAAUUAAGGGUCUUCCCCCUCAGAGACCUCCUGGGCAGGUGUGGAUCUUCCAUAAUAAUGAACCACCGUAUCUGUUUUCCCACGGCAGACCCUUUAUGAAACAACCUUGGUCAUCGGUGUUCAACUGGACGAUGGACUUCAGACACGAUUCAGACAUUUACAGGCCGUAUGCUAUUCUCAGAAAGAGAGAACACAUAGCCAAGAGGAAUUACACGUCAAUUCUCCAGAAGAAGAAUGGUCUUGUGGCAUGGAUGGUCAGCAACUGCUUGGACUGGAGCGGCAGGUUGGCGUAUGCACGGGAAUUGAAGAAAUACAUAGAUGUAGAUAUAUUUGGAGCGUGUGGUCAAAGAUCUUUCCCGAGAACAAGUAAUAAUAAAUGGAUGCAACACCUUAAUAUUACAUACAAGUUUUAUCUGGGGUUUGAGAACUUGCACUGUCAAGAUUACAUCAGCGAGAAGUUCUUCAACAACUUCAACCUUGACCUUGUGACUGUUGUCCGAGGGGGAGGUAACUACAGUCGGGACGCCCCUAACGGCACCUACAUCAACGCUGAUGACUUCAAAUCCCCCAAAGAGUUGGCAGACCAUCUUCUGUACCUUAACAACAACACGGACAAAUACAUAGAAAUACUCAGAAGGAAAGACAAUUACUACUAUGAGGCAGAGGAAUAUCGAUAUAUCGAUAUCAAUGGUGCUGUUUUUCUCGAACAUUAUCAUGAAUCAGAGGCACUGUGUAAUCUGUGUGAUCGAUUACAUCGGAUACACCAGUUUAAGAAAUCUAUAUCUGAUAUAGUCCCAUGGUUCACUAAAGGCAUUUGCAAGGAAGCAAGCGGUAAGCGGUGAUAUUUAUCGUAAGGACAGAAAUACAUACAAAUUAUUAUGCGACCAAAUAAACAAAAACCAAAUAGUC